AUGCUCAGAAGCUUACAAAUCCACCCACAAGUCAUCCGUUUUCGGUUUCUUCACUUCUUGUUUCUGCAGACGGCAGACGCGAAAGUCGUCGUGGGGUCGCUCGUGUGGGUCGAGGACUCGGACCAAGCAUGGGUGGAGGGGGAGGUGGUGAAGGUGGAGAAGAAGAAAGUAACGGUCAAAGUCGGGGAUAAGGAGACGGUGUACCGGCUGAAGCACAUCCAUCCGAAGGACCCAGACGCGCCGAGCGGCGGUGUGGACGACAUGACGAAGCUCGCGUACCUCCACGAGCCCGGAGUCCUGCACAACCUCGCCGUGCGAUACUCGCUCGACGAAAUCUACACGUACACGGGCAGCAUUCUCAUUGCAGUGAAUCCCUUCCAAAGGCUGCCCCACCUGUACGAUGUGCACAUGAUGGAGCAGUACCGGGGCUCCCGCCUGGGCGAGCUGAGCCCCCACGUGUUCGCCAUCGCUGAAACCUCCUUCAGGGCGAUGGUGGACUACAAGCUGAGCCAGUCGAUCCUCGUGAGUGGGGAGAGCGGUGCCGGCAAGACGGAGACCACGAAGCUGCUCAUGCAGUACCUGGCGUACAUGGGCGGGCGGGCCACCGAGGGGCGGUCCGUGGAGGCUCAGGUGCUUGAGUCCAAUCCGCUGCUCGAAGCAUUUGGGAAUGCCAAGACUGUCAGGAACAACAACUCCAGUCGCUUUGGCAAGUUUGUCGAGAUCCAGUUCGAUGAAUCUGGACGCAUUUCAGGAGCAGCCGUGCGCACGUACCUGCUGGAGAGGUCCCGGGUGGUGCAGAUUUCAGACCCCGAGCGCAACUACCACUGCUUCUACCAGCUCUGCUCGGGAGCCUCUCCUGAGGAGGUGGAGAAGCUGAAGCUGGCGCCAGCAGAGACGUUCCACUACCUCAACCAGAGCAAUUGCUUCGAGCUGCCGGGCAAGGAGACAAACGCGGAUGAGUACAUCAAGACGAGACGGGCCAUGGACGUCGUUGGGCUCAGCCCUGAGGAACAGGACUCGAUAUUCCAGGUGGUGGCGGCAAUUCUCCAUCUGGGCAACAUCACGUUUGCACCAGGCAAGCAGCCCGACUCGUCCAAGGUGUCGGGCGACAAGUCCAAGUACCACCUGGAGGCCGCUGCCUCCCUGCUCAGGGUGGACAAGAAGCAGUUACGAGAGUCGCUCAUAUCGCGCACGCUGGUGACGAGGGACGGCAACAUCAAGAAGGAGCUCGACCCGGCAGCGGCGCUCAUCAGCCGAGACACGCUCGCCAAGACCAUCUAUGCUCGGCUGUUCGAUUGGCUGGUGGACAAGGUGAACAAGUCCAUAGGGCAGGACCCCAACGCCAAGACCAUCAUCGGUGUGCUCGAUAUCUAUGGCUUCGAGACCUUCCAGUGCAACAGUUUUGAGCAGUUCUGUAUCAACCUUGCGAACGAGAAGCUUCAGCAGCACUUCAACCACCACGUGUUCAAGGCGGAGCAGGAGGAGUACGAGAAGGAGGAGAUCAACUGGAGCUACAUCGAGUUUGUGGACAACCAAGACGUGCUCGAGCUCAUUGAAAAGAAGCCAAUGGGGAUCAUCUCACUCCUCGACGAGCAAUGCAUGUUCCCCAAGUCGAAUCACGAGACGUUUGCCACGAAGCUCUACCAGACAGUGGGAACCCACGCGCGCUUUGAGAAGCCCAAGCUGUCUCAGACCGACUUCACCAUCGAUCACUAUGCUGGCAAGGUGACCUACCAAACCGAUCUCUUCCUCGAGAAGAACAAGGACUAUGUGGUGAUGGAGCAUCAGACGGUGCUGUCCGAGUCCAAGGACCCCUUCGUGGCUGGCCUCUUCCCCAUCCCCGCGGGUGACAAGGCCAAGACCAAGUUCACGUCCCUGGGAUCUAGCUUCAAGCAACAACUGGCAGAGCUCAUGGCCACUCUGAACCAGACUCAACCGAACUACAUCCGCUGUGUGAAGCCCAACGGCAUGUACCAGCCACAGCUGUUUGAGAACGUCAAUGUCAUCCACCAGCUCAGAUGUGGGGGUGUGUUGGAGGCGAUCCGAAUCAGCUGUGCAGGGUAUCCCACGCGGCGCACAUUUGACGAGUUCCUGGACCGCUUCUCCUUCCUGGACCCAGAGGCCUGUGACGGCAGUCAGGAUGACAAGACGGCAAUCACGACUCUUCUGGACAAGCUUGGCUUUGCCAACUACCAGGUGGGCAAGACGCAGGUGUUCCUGAGAGCAGGUCAGAUGGCUGACCUCGAUGCGAUGAGGGCGGAGAAGCUGGGGGAGGCCGCCAAGGUCAUCCAGAGGGCAUUCAAGGCGUGGAUGCAGAGGCGUGUGUUCCAACGGCUGCGCGCGGGAGUGCUGCGAGUGCAGGCGCUGUGGCGAGGUCACAAGGCCCGGCUGCAAUACGAGAGCAUCAGGAGGAACGCGGCAGCAGUGCGUGUGCAGAAGCACGUGCGGCGGUUCGUGGCUCAGAGCAAGUACCGGCGCACACGGCAGGCAGCCGUGGUGCUGCAGUCAGGGGCGAGGGGCAUGGCGGCUCGCAAGGAGGCAAGGCAGAGACGGGAGAACAGGGCUGCUGUCAAGAUACAGAGCAAGUGGAGAGGGCACGUGCAGCAGCAGGAGUAUGGGAGGAGGAAGAAGAGUGCUUUGGUCCUGCAAUCCUCAUGGAGGGGCAGGGCUGCCCGCCUGGAGCUCAAGAAGCUCAAGCAUGACGCGAAGCAAACGGGGGCACUGCAAGAGGCAAAGACGAAGCUGGAGAAGCAGUGCGAGGAGCUCACAUGGCGGCUGCAGCUGGAGAAACGAAUGCGGCUGGACGUGGAGGAGGCGAAGACAGCAGAGAUUCAGAAGCUACAGCAGGAGCUGGAGGGAGCAAUGAAGAAGGUCGAUGAGGCACACGCUGAAACCCUCGCAGCCAAAGCAGAGAUCCAAGCAGCUAAGGCAGAGACCGAGAGGCUAUCCCUCGAAUUGGCAACAGCAGCACAGUCAGCACAAAUCGCAUCCCAGUCCCUCGACCUUCCCAGCACACCUGCUGCUGCUGCUGCUGCUGCUGCUGCUGCUGCUGCUGCUGCUGCUGCUGCUACUCCUGGUUCUGCCGCAAGGGUUUCUCUUUCCGCCUCUGCCUCUGCCGCACCCACUGGUGCCGCGGUCGCAGCAGCAGCAGUUGCCGGCUCCUCCCCUCCCCACUGCGCCUCCUCCACCCCAGGAUCCCCCUUCAUCACCCCCAGAAAAUCCUCCUUCCCUGGCGCCACCGCCACUGCCAAUACCCACUCAACCCCUGCCUCCUCCGGGUCGUUCAACCUGGGAAGCGCGGCUUUGAAUGCGGUGCAGUCAGAUGGAGCGGGGUUAGGUGCGGCGAGCAGCAGGGAGCUGGCGGUGGAGAAUGCUCAGCUGAAGGCGCUGCUGGCGGAGAGUGACGAGCGGGUGGCGCAGGUGGAGGCGGAGGUGAGGGAGGAGAUUGGCAAGAGGGAGCGCCUGCUGGAGGAGACGCAGGAGGAGCUGCGCAAGGUGCAGGAGCUGUGCGCGCGACUCGAGGAGCAGGUGAAGAACGCGGAGCAGGAGAACCAGGUGCUGCGUCAGCAGGCCCUGUCAGCCGCCAUGCCAGCCAAGCCCGGGCUGCCACGUGGCCCCUUGCCAGCCUCGCUGUACACACGUCAGCAGCUGGAGGGCGGCCUCCCUUCGCCCACCACCCCGCGUUCCCAGAUGCUGCAUCCGCCAGAGUCCCCUCAGGGCACGCCUGCCACGCCCAGUGAGGUGGAGAGCAAGCGGCUGAAGCACCUGAACGACCGGCAGACGCAAGACCAGGAGGCGCUCUUGAAGGUGAUAGUGAGCGAGGUGGGGUUCGACAGCAGCCGGCCGGUGGUGGCGUGUGUGACGUACAAGGCGCUGCUGCACUGGCGGUCGUUUGAGGCGGAGCGCACGAGCGUGUUCGACCGCAUCAUCCAGACCAUCGGCGGGGCGAUCGAGAACCAGCAGAGCAAUGAGAGGCUCGCCUACUGGCUGGCCAACACCAGCUGCCUGCUGUUCCUGCUGCAGCGCACACUCAAGGCGAGCGGGGCGCCGGGGUCACAGGCGCAGCGGAGGAGAAGCGGGAUGCAGCAGACGACUCUAUUUGGCCGCAUGACCCAGAGCUUCCGAGGAGGUUCGCCUACAACACCCACGGGGGUGGUGGGGGCGAGUGGGGGCCUGGAGCACAUCCCCCAGGUGGAUGCCAAGUACCCGGCUCUGCUGUUCAAGCAGCAGCUGACGGCGUAUGUGGAGAAGUUUUAUGGGAUGAUUCGAGACAACCUCAAGAAGGAGAUCUCGCCCACCCUCGCCCAGUGCAUUCAGGCGCCGCGCAUCUCCCGGGCGGCAUACGGGCGGCACUCAUCCCACCGGGGGGCGCCGGUGGCCACAGCCACGCACGCACUGAGCUCGCACUGGGGCAGCAUCAUCGCCACGCUCACCACGCUGCUCACCACGCUCAAGGACUCCCAUGUGCCGUCUUUCCUCGUGCGCAAGCUGGUCACCCAGAUCUUCUCCUUCAUCAACGUUCAGCUCUUCAACAGUCUGCUGCUACGUCGUGAGUGCUGCUCCUUCAGCAAUGGCGAGUACGUGAAGGCAGGGCUGGGCGAGUUGGACCACUGGUUGCACGAGGCAACUCAUGAGUACACGGGCAACGCGUGGGAGGAGCUCAAGUAUAUCCGCCAGGCUGUCGGCUUCCUGGUGAUACACCAGAAGCCCAAGAAGAGCAUGCAGGAGAUCACAUCGGACCUCUGCCCGGCGCUGAGCAUCCAGCAGCUGUACCGCAUCAGCACCAUGUACUGGGACGACAAGUACGGCACCCACACCGUCUCCUCUGAAGUCAUUUCAGAGAUGCGGAGGCGUAUGAGCGACGAGAACAGCGCAUCCGUCAGCAACUCGUUUUUAUUGGACGAUGAUUCCAGCAUCCCUUUUUCUGUGGAGGACAUUUCAAAGAGCACCCACGAGAUUGACCUACGGUCACUGCAGCUGCCACCAGCCAUUCGCGACAACAGCACCUUCCAGUUCCUUCUCACUCACUAG